GCGUUUUAUUUCAAAAACUUUCAUAUAGAUAAGAACACAUAAAUAAAUACACUUCAACGUUAGUGUAAUUAGAAUUAAUUACGCUCUGUCAAAACUUUAUAUAAAGUGAGGUUUGGAUAGCAACUUCGUUAUUGGGCUUAUAUAAUACUAUAAUAGUGUAUAGAAUGUGAUUUUUACAAUGCAGAAAGAAAUCGGAAGUUUUCCACUAGCACCAAAUGUUCGUUUCAAAUUAACUAAAGCUGGAUUCACAACCUUGGAAGACUUGAAAGGCAUUACUCAACGUGAACUGUGUAAUGAAGCAAAUUUAACUUAUGAAGAAACAGGGGAGGUGCUCCAUCUGUUAUUCAAAGAUUCAGUAGGUUCUGCAGGAUCUGAUAAGGAAAAACAUGAGGACUUUACCCAUAAGUUUUACAGUGCGUUUGAUAUGUCAAAAAAUGAGAAAGGUGUUGCAGCAAUUGUAACGUUUUCUCAAAAAGUGGAUGAGAUGAUAGGAGGAGGAAUUCAUACAAAAAAAAUAACUGAAAUUUGUGGACCUCCUGGUAUUGGGAAGACUCAGAUCUGCUUGCAACUUAGUGUUAAUGUUCAGAUACCAGAAUCUUGUGGAGGAGUUGGAGGGGAGGCUAUUUAUAUUGACACUGAAGGAAGUUUUAUUGUUGAACGCCUGUUAGACAUUGCUUCUGCUACAGUUAACCAUUUUUAUUCUGGAGUUCAAGAAAAUAUCUCCCAAGAGGAAAAGGCCAGAAGAAAAAACCUAAUCUUAGAAGAUAUACUAAAGGGCAUACAUUACUACAGGUGCCAAGAUUAUGUGGAGCUUCUGGCUGUUGUAAAUAUUCUGUCUGAUUUUCUGGAACAGCAUUCAAAGGUUCGACUAGUGAUAGUUGACAGCAUUGCAUUUCAUUUUCGAUAUGGUUUUGAUGACAAUCUUGGUUUACGAACAAAGUUAUUGAAUAGUAUUGGCCAGUCAUUUAUGAGACUAGCAACAAAGUAUAAUUUAGCUGUUGUCUUAACUAAUCAAAUGACCACAAAAAUGAAUGAAUUUCGUGGAGGUAACUUAGUUCCAUCUUUGGGAGAAAAUUGGGGCCACGUGUGUUCUGUUCGACUUUUGUUGCUUUGGGAUAAGAAAGAGAGACAUGUUUUGUUAUACAAAUCGUCAUGGAGAAAAGAUGGUGAAGUGCCAUUCAAAAUAACUCAUACUGGAAUACAAGAUGAAAUUAGUUCUCAAGGAAGCAGUUCAGAAGAGCUGGAUAGAAGCAGUAUUUUAUAUAAAGAUUUGGAUUGUCCUCCUGUGAAAAGACCCAGAUUGGGCAGUUAAUGGUUUCUAUUUGACAGUAAUUUCUUUUGAAGAAAAUGUGCUCUUAACUGUAAAAAAAAUUAAUGAGCUGAUACAAAGAAAUAAAAAUUUUUAUACAUACUUUUUUAUUAUUUUC